UUUGGGACUACCUCCUUCCUGCUUUCUGUUUUGCAUGCGGAACAGAAAAUGGCUUUCCAUUUAGGGGAGGAUUUAUGCUGCCCUACCUGUCAGGACAUCUUUAAGGAUCCUGUCCUGCUCUUGUGUAGCCACAGCUUCUGCAGAGCCUGUCUGCAGAGCUGGUGGAAAGGCAAACAAAUCAAGCAGUGUCCAGUUUGUCGGACAGUGUGCCAGUGGGACGAUCCACCUUGUAACCUGGCACUGAAGAACCUUUGUGAGGCAUUUUUGCAGAGUCGGAGAGCUUCAUCAGGGUCUGAAGCUCUCUGCAGUCUGCACUCUGAGAAGCUCAAGCUCUUCUGUCUGGACCACAAGGAGCCUGCGUGUGUCAUCUGUCGGGAUGCAAAAAUACACACUGACCACCAGUUCAGUCCCAUUGGUGAAGUUGCGCAGGAUCACAGAGAGGUGCUCCAGAAGUCCCUGAAGCCCUUACAGCAGAAGUUAAAGGUUUUUAAUGAAGUUAAAGUGAACUUACAUCAAGCAGCAGAGCACAUUAAAGCACAGGCUCAGCAGACAGAAAGGAACCUUAGGGAGCAGUUUAAGAAGCUUCACCAGUUCCUAGAGGAAGAAGAGGAGGCCAGGUUGGCAGUUCUGUGGCAGGAAGCGGUGCAGAAGAGCCAGCUGAUGAAGGAGAAGAUGGAGUCUCUGAGCAGAAAGAUGGCAGCUCUUUCAGGCACAGUCAGAGCCACAGAGGAGCUGCUCAGAGCUGGAGAUGCGUCCUUCCUGAGGAGCUACAAAGCUACUGUGGAAAGAGUCCAGCGGUACCCCCAGCUAGAUGAGCCACAGCUGGCCACAGGAGCACUGAUAGAUGUGGCCAAACACCUGGGCAACCUGACCUUCAACAUUUGGAACAAGAUGAAAGACAUUGUCACCUACAGUCCUGUGAUUCUGGAUCCAAAUUCAGCCAAUCCAGAACUCAUUCUGUCUGAAGAUCUGACUGGUGUGAGGCGUGGAAAGAGAAGGUCUCUUCCAGAAAACCCAGAGAGGUUUGAAUACUGGGAUUCUGUCCUGGGCUCUGAGGGCUUUAACUCGGGAACUCACAGCUGGGACGUGGAGGUUGGAGACAACAAAGACUGGGAGGUGGGAGUGUUAGCAGAGUCUGUGUGCAGGAGAGAAUUUGUGGGGUCCACAGUGUGGAGUAUAGAAUUCAGCAAUGGUGGCUACAGAGCGUACUCCCUGACAAACAAAUACACCACUCUCACAGUUCCAGAGAAGGUCAAGAAGGUCAGAGUUCAUCUGGACUGGGACAAAGGGAAGCUGUCAUUUUUGGAGCCUGAUACCAACACACACAUGCACACUUUCAUGCACACAUUCACUGAAAAACUGUGCCCCUACCUUUGCACCAGGAACACACAGCCUCUGAAAAUAGUGCCUGUAAAAGUCUGCGUGAGCAAACACGGAGAUCAGGAUGAGUGAACGUCUUGUUCGAUGACCGUAGCUGCCAGUGACCAGAGCAAUAACAGAUUUUUGGUGCAGAACCGAUUUCACCCAGCAGCAGCCAGCCAUCUCUAGCAACCUCUCACCAUUUGGUCAGGAAAUACAUAUUUGCAUUGCUGGUCUCUUGGCCUGUGUGACUGAGGCCUAAAUGUACUA